AUGGCCCAGGGGACGGUGAUCCGCGUGGCCCCGGAACAGCCCACCCAUGCCGUGUAUGUGCUGGGCACCGCCACUCAGCUCGACGUCCUGGGCUCCGCCCCCGAGGACUGCACGGCCUUCGGCAUCAGUGCCUCCUCAGGGGUGCUCGUGGACGUGGCCCACGGCCCCCCAGCCAAGAAGAAGCCCAGCGGCUCCGCUAAGUGGCCCCUGGAGCCGGGGCUGGAGGUGACGGUGCGCAUGACGGCCGCCAGCACUUUCACGGACGACCACAAGGUGCGCAUCUCCUACUACGGAUCCAAGCCGACACCGGUCCAAGCUCUGCUCUACCUCACCGGGGUCGAACUGUCCCUGCGCGCCGACGUCACCCGCACCGGCAAAGCGAAGCCCACCGGAGCCUCGAGAGGCCAGAGCUCCUGGACCUGGGGCCCUCGCGGGCAGGGCGCCAUCUUGCUGGUGAACUGUGACAGAGACAACCCCACGGCGUCCAGCAGGGACUGUGAGGAUGAGGAGGUGUUGGACCACGGAGACCUGAAGGACAUGUCCCUGGUGACCCUGAGCACGACGACCCCCAAGAACUUCUCCGCCACCCACCAGCUGGUGCUCCACGUGGCCAAGUCUGAGAUGGACAAAGUGAGGGUGUUCCAGGCCACCCGCAGCCAGCCGCUGUCCAGGUACCUGGCGGUCCUGGGGCCCCAGCAGCCGUCUCACGUCCUGGAGCUGCCCGCCGGCCAGCACCACACCGAAUUCUAUGCCGAGGGCCUCUCCUUCCCCGACACCGGCUUCCCAGGGCUCAUUUCUCUCUGUGUCUCCCUGCUGGACACGUCCAACCCGGAGCUCCCCGCAGCCCUGGUUUUCCAAGACCGCGUGACCUUCCGCGUGGCCCCCUGGAUCAUGACCCCCAACACCCAGCCGCCUCAGGAGGUGUAUGUGUGCAGGGUCUUGGAAAAUGAGGACUUCCUGAAGUCGGUGGCAGCGCUGGCCAAGAAAGCCAGGUGCAAGCUGACCGUGUGCCCCGAGGAGCAGAACAUGGACGACCAGUGGAUGCAGGACGAGAUGGAGAUCGGCUACACCCAGGCCCCACACAAGGUGCUGCCCGUGGUCUUUGACUCCCCGAGGGACAGGGGCCUGAAGGAUUUCCCCAUCAAAAUCGUGAUGGGACCAAAUUUCGGCUACGUGACGCGUGGGGCCGCAGAGGAGGUCACGGGGCUGGACUCCUUCGGGAACCUGGAAGUGAGUCCCCCGGUCACGGUGGGGAAGAAGGAUUACCCGCUGGGCAGGAUUCUCGUCGGGAGCAGCAGCUUCCCCAGCGACGAGAGCCGGGACAUGCACCAGGCCCUGUGGGACUUCCUGUGUGCCCAGCAGGUGCAGGCCCCUGUGAAGCUCUAUUCGGACUGGCUGGCCGUGGGCCACGUGGACGAGUUCCUGAGCUUUGUCCCCGCGCUGGACAGGAAGGGCUUCCGGCUGCUCCUGGCCAGCCCCCGGGCCUGCUACAGACUCUUCCAGGAGCUGCAGCGGGAGGGCCACGGGGAGGCGCUGCUCUUCCAGGGGCUCAAGAGAAAAAAACAGCAGCAAAUAAAGGAGAUUUUGUCCAACAAGAAACUGAGGGAGCACAACGCCUACGUGGAGAAGUGCAUCGACUGGAACCGUGAGGUGCUGAGGCGGGAGCUGGGCCUGGCCGAGGGCGACAUUGUGGACAUCCCGCAGCUCUUCAGGCUCGUGGGGGGCGGCAGGGAGCGCCUCAAGGCCGCCGCCUUCUUUCCCAACAUGGUGAACAUGCUGGUGCUGGGCAAACACCUGGGCAUCCCCAAGCCCUACGGCCCCAUCGUCGCCGGCCGCUGCUGCCUGGAGGGGAAGGUGCGGGCGCUGCUGGAGCCGCUGGGCCUGCGCUGCACCUUCAUCGACGACUUCUACUCCUACCACGUCCAGCAAGGCGAGGUGCACUGCGGCACCAACGUGCGCCGGAAGCCCUUCGCCUUCAAGUGGUGGCACAUGGAGCCCUGA